UCUCCUCCUGUCGUUGUUUAAGAGUUUCUUCUCUUUCUUCUCUCGCUCUCAAUCGCCUCCUACUCUGGAUCCGAUCUUGGAGGACCCCCCUCCACUCCGACGACGGCGAUGGCAUCAGCGCUCACAUGAGCCGCAUCUCCGAGGACUCGCUGAUCUCUUCGAGGAAUUCUCCGGCGGCGUCGUUGCUUCUCCGGCGCGGGAGGAGCCUCGUCAGCGGAGGGCGGGUGUCGGCGGAGGGGGACGGCUUGGAGCUGGAUCUUUUCUCCAGGAGCCGCAUCGCUGGCCCUCCGAUCGGAUCUGCCUCCGGAUCCGACGUCCAGGAAGGAUCUAACAAAUUUGUUGGGGAACCCAAGAUUGGGAGGAUCGGCAUGGAUGAUUUGCUGGAUGCCGACAUCGGGAAGCACGAUUACGAUUGGCUUCUAACUCCCCCUGGAACACCACAGGCUGCUCCAUUGGUUUCUAGUGAGAGUCAGUUACCUACUGUGGCACCUAAGCGUAGUUCUACUGCUAGAUCAUCCUCAACUACAAGAGCAUCUAGGCUUUCUGUUUCUCAAACAGAGAAUGGCCAUUCUGUAAGACCUGCUAGAAGUAGUUCGGUCACUCGUGCUUCUGUCUCAUCUAGCUAUGUAUCUAAUAACAAUCGAACCUCAGUCCUCAAUACUAGCUCUGCUUCGGUCACCUCAAGGCCAUCAACCCCAAGCAAGAGACCGGUUACCCCUUCAGCUGCAAAGUCAUCGACCCCAGUCUCUCGUCCUGUGCCGAUCCGUUCAUCCACUCCUCAAAAAACCCGACCAACCUCUGUCUCUCCAGGUCUUAAAUCUGAACCAUCACAGAAUUCUAGGCCUGCAACUCCAACCUCUAGAUCUCAAAUUUCUACCAGUGUAAACUCAAACUCUAGUUCCAUAGUAGCACGUUCGACUUCCCGGCCGUCAACGCCCACUCGUCAGCCCAUUGCUCGAACAACAACACCAACCUCGACUGUAGGGCGGUCCCCAUCUGUUGGGCGUUUGCCAGUUAGCAAUGGUCGAGUUCCACAUUCAACAUCUUCUUCUCGCCCCAGCUCUCCUAAUCCACGGCCUCGGGCUCCAGUAAAUUCAGCAUCUUCUUCUCGUCCCAGCUCUCCAAAUCCACGACCUCGAGCUCCAGCAAAUACAGUAUCUUCAUCUCGUCCCAGCUCCCCAAAUCCACGGCCUAGGGCUCCAGUGCGGCCAAUUAAUCUCCCAGAUUUUCCCAAUGAUGUGCCACCAAACCUAAGGACAAAGUUGCCUGAGCGUCCUCUAUCUGCUGGCAGGGCACGUCCAGGAAUGGCACUUACCAUCCGAGCUAGUUCGAAUUCUGAACCAGUGGUUCCUUCUGUUACAAACCGGAGGCUAUCUUUACCAAUUAUUUCUCGGAGCAAGUUCCCAGAAAAUCCACCAAAAGCUCCUCUACAUAGCAAUGGACACUAUGCUAAUUCAUCUGAUAACCAAAAGCCUGUGGGUUCUGAAGCUGGACCUCGCAGGAAUAUUAAACCGGUUUCCUCUACAGAGAACACCGGAUUUGGAAGAACAAUCUCAAAGAAGUCACUCGACAUGGCUAUUAAGCAUAUGGACAUUCGACAAAGCUUGGGGGGCAUUCGGGGUGCAUCAAUCUUUCCUCAUAGUAUCCGGUCUGCAGUUCCCAAAGGUCGAACUGCUCGAGUGUCAGAGACUAUUGUUCCUGUCACUAAUGAUGAAAUCCUUGCCGAAAAUGGUAGUUAUGAUGGAACCUCUGGGGACUUCAAUGGAGGCGUAUUGUAUAACAUGAACACCAGUACCAAGUCUCCAGACAGGGAAAACCUUAUGAGAAGGGAGAGAAUGAAUGACAUAGAUCUAUAUGGUAGCUACAGGUACGAUGCGAUGCUGACAAAAGAGGACUUAAAGAAUGCAAGCUGGCUUCUAAGUGCCGAUGAUAAAUCUGAUCAAGGCUCUCUGUUUGAUCACCGAUUUGAGCCUCUUCCGGAACCUUUUUGAUCCUCUAUAACAGUUUGGUUCUUGUUCUCUGUGCUCCGUGCAUUUGUGAUGGUUGAUUGGUGAUAUGCUGUUCUGUUGUUUGGUAACCCAUGUUUUAUCAAAGGCUUGUUUCUCUUUAUUACUAGAGGCUGUUGAUGUGGAUAUAUGUUUUAUCCAAUUGAUAUUAACAGAUCAGAAUACCUGAUCCAAUCCACAAUGUAAUACAUAUUCCAUUUUGGUUCCUAAGACUGAUGUUAUUGUCAAACAUUGGUUUUAUUGUAAUGGCUAAUUUAGUGGACUGGUGACAGUUUCAGUGUGCCA